GCCGUCCGUUUGCAGAGAGAUGGCGCUAUUUCGCCGCUUGAGUAGUUACUCUCACUCCGCUUCCGCUCCUAAGAGCAAAGUAGUAGUCGGACAAACUGCGGCGCAACUCGAACAUUUGAGGUCUCGGAACUUUUCAUAUUAAAGUUGCAUCGAAAGUCGCAACAAUGCAGAUUCCAACAAGCUAUCUUCUCUCGUCUCAUCUAUCGUUCAAUACACGCAAUCGUUCCAGCUAUGUCGCCGUCCUUCCUCAUUGUUGGUGCAACAGGAAACACGGGUCGUGGGGUCGUGGAACUCUUAUCAGACACCAUUCGAGCCAGCUCAACUUUCUCUGAACAUCGCAUCAUCGCUCAGACACGCUCAGCCAACAGCUCUAAUGCUAAGGAGUUCGCGAAGCUAUCCAACGUCGAAGUUGUAGAGCUCAACUGGCCUACAAUUACAUCUCAAUGGCUCCGCGAACAUGGAGUGGAAAGGGUGUUCAUCGCCUCGCAUAACCAACCCAACCAAUUCGCUGAGGAGUCAGGUUUCUUCUAUGCAGCUCUUAAAGCUGGAGUGCAGUAUGUUGUGCGAAUCUCUACAACAGCUUCAAACGUACGUCCGGAUUGUCCAGCAUAUUAUCCACGUCAACACUGGGCUAUCGAAAAGAUGCUCGAGUCUUCGGCUUACGACAAAUUGCACUGGACCUCUCUCCAACCUAACGUCUUUCUCGGGAUGUGGUUGUCGUCCGCUGCCGAGAUGAUAAAAAAGGUGCAAAACGGGGAAGGAAAACAGGACACACUCCGACUUAUGAGUAACAAAGACAAACCUGUCGGAGCCAUUGAACCCAUGGACGUCAGCGUGGUUGCAGCGAAGCUAAUACUUGAGAACGACACAGCAAGGCACAACAAAGCAAAAUACGUUCUGAAUGGCCCAGAAAGUAUUACCGGCGCUCAAAUCGUGGCGAUGGUAGAGGAACGUAUCGGAUCGAAGGUUGAACACGUUGCUUUCAGGGACAACUCAAUGCUGGAUGAGUUCGCAGCGGCAUCCCCGGAAUUGAAACAUCUGAGCGACAUGAUGAAGGAAGCAGCAGAUGAGACAUUCGACUCUCCUCUUCCGACUGUACCAACGAGUCAGGAGAUUCUUGACUUUGCACCACCAAAAAUUACUCCAGCCAGUGUUCUGGAGCAGCUACUAAGGUAGAUCGAGGUAGCCACAAAGUGAAAACAACAUAUAACAAUAAGAAUCGACAUAGAGAAACGAGCAUUCUCGCGGGCUUUAUUGCCAUUUCAGACACUGCGACAGGCUGUACCAAUCCCUGCCACUACAUUUUUAACGUAACUCCUCGUCCAAUCAUACAUGUUUUCCUUGAUCGCAGGGGUUGUGAUGCACAUGCAUAGGGACCAGUAAGGAG